AGAAACUUCUGGGACAACCUAAUACAAGAAGAAUUACGUAUGUGCCAUUUCAUCGCAUCAUCCUACAUUCUCAUAUGGACAUUCUCAUAUGGACUAAUUAUCGUUGUACAUAGUAUAACUUGUAACAGAGGUGCAAUAAAGCUAUGAGUUGUAUCGUUUGCUGGUCUGUCUGAACACCUCUAACGUAUAUUUUAAGGCUUGUGGUUUAAUGGUACUGGAGGCUUGUCGAACAGCAUUUAAGUAGAUAGCAUUGACUCCAUUUUUGGUUUCCCUUUCAGAGGUCUCGAAUCUGAAAAGAAACCAAUUAGAUGUGUUAGUAAAAAUGAGCCUAGAAAUGGUCAGUUCUCUACAGUUCAUUAUUCAUAUAAUAUAAAAAGGGACUAGAAAAUAAUAUCAAUAUUUGUAUAUCAUUUAUCAGCUCACUGUAUACCAAUUGAUUCUUACAAAUUUAUUUCUCUGAAUUUAAUGUAAAAGUAACGACAUUACUUUCUGGCCCCCUUAAUACUUAGUUUAAUUAAGAAGUUAAGAAAUGCCACUUUCCUCAUUUUUACAAAGAAUUCUCAGACCCCAUUGAAAAGCUUCCGCAUUUGGUCCUCCUCCUUAGAAGUGAAUCAUGAUCCAAGCGAAGGAACCUCGAAGGUCCCACGGAUUACGCUUCCUAGAUGUAAUCGAUCCCGAGAUCUCCGGCUUAGAGAGAUCCCCUAGCGUUGGACGUCCGAGGAAAGGAGUGAAAAUAUGUCAAACAAUUAUCUAACCGGUCGUUGACGGGUGGGCAAGCUCUCCCGAUCGUUCUAGCCGAUCGCCACUCGGGCGGGAAGCGUUUAUUACCCUCUCCAACGGUGAUGUUCCCUGGAUCUAUAUACGAGCUGCCAAGGAAGCGAACCGAUCUCCCACAGUCGAGGAUCAGACUUCGUGCAGCUCGGUGCAGCUCAGGAAGCAUUGGCAAGAUGGUACCUCACGCGUCUCUUCUUCUGCUGUCAGGCAUGCUACUUGGAUCGUUCAUUCCGUGGGCAGAGGCCGCGCCGGCCAGGUACGAUCAACAGCAGACUGCCAAACGCGACAAUUGGCAAGCAACGCUCGAGAACUUCAUCUUCCUCGUCAUCGACGGAGGUGGUUCCGGGAAGUUCACGCAUACUAUGAAGGAGGCGGUGAGUAACAUCGCUAUGAGCGCUUUGAAACCCACCAGGGAAGAUGCCGAAGAGCCAGAGGACUCCGAGGAAUCAUCAGGGUCCAUGGUGUACGAGACGGAAGAGAAAUACGAGGGUAAAGAGCCUUACCACGUCGAGAUAGUUCACCUAGAGAAAGGAGAGAAGACGAGAAGUAAACGUCCUGAAAAAUUAGGGAGUUCUGAGGUCAACAGCGAGGGAAGGGUCAAGAUAGAAACGCCUCUGAAUAGUUUGGAGGGGGAGCCAAACCCGGAAGUGUCCAUCGACGUGAGGAAUUCGGAGAAGAAGACGAGGAGCCUUGGGGGGAGCGAGGAAAGCCGUGGACUGGUCAAUGGUCCAAGAGAGGAUCACGGUAACCCUACGCACAUCAAGUACUCCACGGUGGACAAUCUCGCCCAAUCGGACGAUCUGACGGUCAGGGAGGAGGUUGCCAAAGCCACCAGACCGGGAAUGUCGCUGAAGAAGCAGCUGUCCGAAAAGGAAGAGAAGGACGCGUCCUUGAAGUCGAACGAGGGAAACGAACUGGUCAACAAGUCCCAAGAACUGGUAUUGCUGGGUGGAGGAAUCGAGAACUGUGGUCCGGGGAGGUUCAGGGACAAGUCGGGCAUCUGCCAGAACGAUGCGAAUUUUUACUGAAAUCCCUUGGGUCUAACGUACUCUGCUACUCCAUUUAUUCAUGGUGAUUACAGCCACAACGAUUGUGAUAUGUACGCAGCGUAGUCGCAAGACGAUGGUGCUCUAUAUAACUCCAUGUAACGGAUUCGAUAGGAAUAAUUAGGAAUGAUACGUAUUUUAAUACUUCGACUCGACUCGUGUGUACUCGAACACCCGUUCCAUUCUUUUACACGUGCAUUAUUUAUAUCAUGCUCUAUUCGCACAUCUGUAUUAUAUAUAUAAGAGGAGAAAGAAAUAAAUCGCAAGUAUGAACAAGCAAGCUUUUCGAAUUUAUCUCCAUUUCCC